ACUGACUAUACCGCUAAUUGUCAAUGGCGCGAUGACGCGACGCCGUACAAAUGGCGGGCGAGGAAACAGCUGUUUAUGUCACCGUCGACUCGACAUCUAGCGGAGCGCGGGCGCGAUCGGGCACGCGUCGGCGACGACGUCGACGUAGAGUACGUCGCGGAGAGGAGACUCGUAGACGAGGAAUAAGGAGGAGGACCGAGACGGCAGUGCUCAUCGGCGAACCGUCCAGGAGGAACAUGGCCGCCAGUUGCUGCGGCGCGAAGAAGCAGAGGGUGGGUGGCGGCGGCGCGGCACCGAGCCUGUCAUCGUGCGAUGGCACCGUCAUACGUCACGGCGUGCCUCGUCCGAGGAAGCCCAUGUCAAUCGCCCAACCGGAGAUGGGCUUCUUCUGCUUCGACGUGCUCUAUUGUCAGCUGCAUCAAUUGGACCCGCCGAAGGCGCCCAAUUUCAGCAACGAAACGUUCCCAUUAUUUGUGACAUGGACAAUAGGAAAAGAUAUGAGAUUACGAGGUUGUAUCGGUACUUUUAAUGCGAUGCAAUUACAUGCUGGCCUACGUGAAUAUGCUACAACUAGCGCAUUCAAAGACUCCCGAUUUAAUCCCAUAACUCAAGACGAGUUGCCACGAUUGCACGUAAGCGUGUCGAUUUUGCGGCACUUUGAAGACGGAAUUGAUUAUUUAGAUUGGGAAGUAGGCGUACAUGGAAUUCGUAUAGAGUUUCACAAUGAAAAGGGUAAUAAGCGAACGGCUACUUACUUGCCCAGCGUAGCUAUGGAGCAAGGAUGGGACCAGAUACAAACAAUAGAUUCUCUACUACAUAAAGGUGGCUUUAAAGGUCUAGUCACACCCGAUAUCCGUCGUAGCCUGAAACUGACUCGUUAUCAGAGUGAGGAAGUCACCGUGAGCUAUCAAGAUUACAUGACUCAUUUCAAUUCGUCUCAUUCACAAAAUGAUAAUAUUCGGUAUAAUUCCUUCGUAUCAGAUCGGCAAAACUCGCAGAUUAUGACACAGCCUAAUCGUUCGACGUUUAUACAUCCGUUGCCCCUACCUCCAAUUUCCCCAGUUAUACCGAUACGCAAUAGUACACCCUUCUGGUGGGAUAACGCAGGUCCGUCCUAUCCACCUGCACCACUUUAUGUUCGAUCACCACAUCGCUUUUCAAUGCAGGAAAACGGGGAACGCGGGGUACGUAAACGAAAAAGAAACAUGGCUGCUGGCUGUUGCGGUACGAAAAAGCAAAAGCUCAACAACAAUUCCACGGGCGCGCCAUGCAACGGUACAACGGUACUGUCGAACGGUACGCGUAUACGUAAUACGCUGAUUGUGCAGCCCGAGAUGGGCUUCUACUGCUUCGAUGUCCUCUACUGCCAACUGCACCAACUCGACCCACCAAAAUCGCCCAACUUCAGCAACGAAGCAUUUCCCCUGUUUGUGACGUGGACUAUUGGCAAAGAUAUGCGACUACGUGGCUGCAUUGGUACAUUCAAUGCUAUGCAUUUGCACGCAGGACUUAGGGAAUAUGCUACUACUAGUGCUUUCAAAGAUUCACGAUUCAAUCCUAUAACACGAGAGGAACUUCCACGCUUACAUGUGAGCGUUUCUAUCCUGCGGCAUUUUGAAGAUGGUGUGGAUUACUUAGAUUGGGAGAUAGGAGUGCAUGGAAUUCGCAUAGAGUUUCAUAAUGAAAAGGGCAAUAAAAGAACUGCUACUUACUUACCUGAUGUUGCAACUGAACAAGGUUGGGACCAGGUUCAAACAAUAGAUUCGCUAUUACAUAAGGGUGGUUAUAAGGGCUUAGUGACACCAGAUAUUAGACGCAGUGUGAAACUGACUCGAUACCAGAGUGAGAAGAUUACUGUAAGCUAUCAAGAUUACAUGACACAUUGGCACAAUCGAAGAUGCUAGCAGCUGGCUUGGGGUCCUAUUCAAGGGCCCCUACCUUGUCAAACUGCUGGCACAUUUUGUUACAAAAAUACUGCUGACACAGUUAACGCAUCUUACCCACAAUACAAUACCACUCAAUACAAUUCCUUCAUGGCCAAUCAGCAACAUACAUUAGUUAUGGUUCAGCCGAAUCACCCCACGUUCAUGCACACACUUCCAAUGCCACCACUUCCUUCAGUUGUGGUACCUAUGCAGAAUUAUCCACCUUUUUAAUGGAAUUAUGUGUAUUGCAUCCUUCAGUGUACUAUUGUUAUUCUUUGAAAAAACUUUUGUAAGGUAAAAAAAUAAAUUAAAUGCAUAAAAAUUAA